UGAAUGAACCAAAAUGAAACUUGGUAAAGUUGUAUCCAACAUUAAAUUAGCGGAAGUAACAUGCCAGGAAGUUAUUAACAGUAUUCGCGCUGACGUACAUAAACACAAAUUACUUAUUUUUAAAAAUCAGGGCGUUAUCAGUGGUGACAAGCACGUGGAAGUUAGUAAAUGGUUAGGAGAGUUGGAGUCGACGUUUUACAAGCAUCCGAAGUCUCCUCAUCCCGACGUUUUCAGAGUAUCUAACGAUGAGUGCGAGGGCUGCACGCGGGUUGGACGCACUGGCUGGCACAUCGAUGGCAGCUUCAUGGCUCAACCAUUCUCAUACUCCAUCUAUCAUAUGGUGUCCAUACCAAAACGUGGAGAUACAGCUUUUGUGUCAUUGUCGGACUUAAUUGACAGUCUGUCACCAGAGAAACGGGCACGCUGGGACAGGCUAUGGAUGGUUAGCGACCGUAGGGAGACUGUCGGAAAACCUCUCAUUUACUCCCACCCAGUCACCAAAACACCUACACUGUGUUUCCAUCUGGGUAUGACCGAGGGGUUUGUUAUGGACAAAGGUACAGAAGACGAACGACACACCACUGACAUGGAGACAAUAGGGAUUCUGAAGGACAUACACCAGGAAAUUGUCAAGGACAAUCGCCGUCUCGUUUAUUCUCACAAGUGGGAGGAGGGAGAUUUCAUCAUAUCGGAUAACUUGGCUGUAGGUCACGAGGCUACCCCCGAGACACAGUACCCAGUGUCCGAGGUUGGGCUUCGCAUUCUCCAUCGAACCACAGUGAAGGGCACUACAUUUCCAUCGAAGUUCUGACAGAAACAAUAUUGAUCUAGGACUAUUACAAGUAAUACCAGAAUCAAUCUGUGUACCAUGCUUUCCUUCCAUUUAAUUUAUAGACCAAGAAACCAAUUGGUUUUUAAAGAUUUCUAUAUUUAGAACUACUUAGCAUGAGAUUUUUUUUGGGAUUAGAUUUAAUUUAUUUCGUGGUUUUAGAAAAUCCAUGAAAUAAAAGCCUGUGUUGUGAUACUAUAAGCAGUGAUCAUUAGUGUAACAUGUUUAUUUUUGUGCUGUAGCAUGCAUUUCGGUGUUCCCAUAAUCAUGUCACAUAAGCCUUCAUUGAUACAUGAAGCUGUCAUCAUUUUAAGCGAGAUCAUUUGAUAUUUGUUUUCAAAUGAAAAAGUAUUUAUUCCCUGUGGUACGCUCAUUGAUGUGUAUUGUUACAUAGCCAAAUUUGUGAUUUGUGUGUAUCUACAAUGUUUCAAUCAUUGCUGUUAAUGCUUUAUGAAAUAUAAUAACAAAGAGAAUUUUAUCUGUA